UCUCACAGACGUAAAAACACUUUCUCCCACAUCAAACACAACCAGAUCUAUUGCGUUAAAUUCCAAUUAUAGAUCUAUAAGCUUCUAGAAACAGAUAGAAGUAAUCGGAACCUUCGCAUUGCCAAUGGAGGAGAAAUUGGUACAGCGAUUGGAAUCGGCGGUGGCGCGGCUGGAGGCGUUAUCAGCCACCGGCUUCCGUUCCGGCGGUUCCGUCGUGGCAGGUGGCGAUGGUACGGCGGUUUUAGAUCCGUCGAUUAUUGCAUUUGACGAUCUACGGUCGCAGUUUCUUUCGAAGGUUUUGAGUGCUGCAGAGAAGAUCGGAGGACAAGUUUUGGAUGUUAGUAAGAUUGUUGAGGAGGCUUUUGAAGCUCAGAGAGAACUUCUCAUUAAAAUCAAGGAGACUAAGAAACCAGACAACUCAGGUUUGGUUGAAUUUCUCAAACCAUUGAAUGAUGUGAUCGUGAAAGCUACAAAAAUGACUGAAGGACGCCGGUCUGAUUUCUUCAACCACCUGAAAUCUGCUGUUGAUAGUCUAUCGGCUCUAGCAUGGAUUGCCUACAUUGGAAAAGACUGCGGAAUGAGCAUGCCUAUUGCAUUCGUGGAAGAAAGUUGGCAGAUGGCUGAAUUUUAUAAUAACAAGGUAAUUAGAUCUUUUAGCAGUUCAGAUUCUCCUCCCAAUUGCUCUCUCUGUUGGUUGAAGGAAUCUUUCACAUGUAUUUACAGAACCUGGACAAAAUUAGGUGGAGAAGGGACUCUAGUUUUGUUAUCCCCUAAUUUUUGGCACGGUGUGGUGGUUUUUCGUUGUUUCCCUUUCUUCAUGGAUUGAGUUACAGAACCAUUUUCAUGCAAAGAAGUGAAUGCAUUAUUUUUGUCACCCACCUUUUUUCUUGUCCUUCCUCAGUAUUUUGGAGGCUGCGUCUUGAAACAUGUCUCUUGAAAGUAAGGCUACAGUUAUUGUUUCCCAUAUUAAUGAAGGGACACGCGUAGAUGGAACUUCCAUAUUGCCAGGAGGAGAAAUUAGGAAGAUAUGUAAAGUGCCCUCAUAUUUCAUUGACUUUUCUUUGUGGUAAAUAGGGUUGAGGACUUACUAUUAUUGAUGUCAUACUUGAAUUAAUAGGAUACAAUUAAUGAUUUCCCAUCUGAAUGAGUGGGCGUAUGUAAAUUCAAUUUCCAUAUUGUCUAGAGGAAAUAGUUUGAAAGUAUCUGAAAAGACGCAUAUGUUAUCUUUUAUGUAUUCGGGUACAAGAAUCUGUAAAUAAG